AUGAGAAUCUUCAGAGUCGCAUCGGUCUCACGGCGGAUCUUAUUCCCGUCCAAUCACUACGCAACGUUACCGUUAAAACAAGACGUUUCUGCUCUCUCACCUGCGAUCAACAUCGCCAGAGCUCUUCAAGAACACAUCAAUUCUCCGUCCCCAAAAGCUGGGAAGAAGAUUCAAGCCGAUAUCAUCAAAACUGGGUUCAGACCAGAUCUAAACGUAUCCAUCAAACUACUCAUUCUCCAUCUAAAAUGUGGCUGCCUGAGUUACGCACGCCAAGUGUUCGACGAAUUACCCAAGCCAACAUUAUCAGCUUACAACUACAUGAUCAGUGGGUACCUGAAGCAUGGAUUCGUAAAAGAACUUCUCCUCCUUGUUCAACGAAUGUCCUACUCUGCGGAGAAGGCAGACGGAUACACACUCUCCAUGGUUCUCAAGGCAUCUAGUAGUCAUGGCUCCACUAUGACACUGCCGCGUAGCUUAUGCAGGUUGGUCCACGCCCGGAUAAUUAAAUGCGACGUUGAGCAUGAUGAUGUAUUGGUUACUGCACUUGUUGACGCUUAUGUGAAGAGCGGGAAGCUGGAGUGUGCGAGGACUGUGUUCGAAACGAUGAAAGAUGAGAAUGUCGUUUGUGCCACAUCGAUGAUCUCGGGUUACAUGAACCAAGGGCUUUUGGAUGAUGCUGAAGAGAUUUUCAAUACAACAAGAGUGAAGGAUAUUGUAGUCUACAAUGCUAUGGUGGAAGGUUUCAGCAGAUCAUCUGAAACUGCUGAGAGAGCAGUUCACAUCACAUGA